AUGCACUCAGCUUUUCAGUCGGUUCCUGGAAUGUAUGCAUUAGGAUUACUACGUCUAGCAGCUUGUAUAAUUCCCAUAGCUGGCCCUCUCAAGCUCUCUACUACCCUCUGUCUCUUUAUCUUUGUUCGGGAUAUCUGGGAGGAAAUUGGGAUACCAGAAGACCAGCGUCUGCAGAGAACUGAUGCUGUCAAGAGACAUGUAAAUAUGCUUUUAACAAGAAUGAUUGAUGAAGAAGAAAGCUUGAAGGAACGUCUCCUAAAGAGCAUUGAUGUCUGUCGCCAAGAACUAAACACACUGUGUGAUGAACUGCAUCUUCCUCCAUUUGAAAAGGAUGAUAGCACUAUUCUGCAGCUGGAAAAGGAUUUACGAACACGCGUUGAAGUCCUGUUGAAACAAAAAAAGGAAAGAAUGCAGGAACUUAAACUGUUAAAGCAACGUGAUCAAGACUUGUGUGACAUUCUGUGCACAUCUCCUUACUAUGUUGAUGGUCAACGUGUUCCAAGCCUGGAUGAACUAGAUCAAUUUAGGAGGCACUUAUCUGCACUUUCUGUAGAAAAGGAAAGUCGUGAAGCAGAGUUUGUGAAAACCAAGAACCGGAUCAUCCUCUGCAUGGAGGAGCUGGAUCACCUGCCUAAUACUAGCUUUGAGAGGGAUGUUGUUUGUGAAGAGGAAGAAGCUUUCUGUCUUUCAAAGGAAAAUCUUUCAGCUUUACAUCAGCUUCUCUUUCAGUUAGAAGAACAGAUUACUCAAAAUCAAUCCUUAUGUGAAGAAUUACGGUCCAAAAUUCUUGAGCUCUGGGAUAGACUUCAGAUCACUGAAGAAGAGAGAAAUGCUUUGUCACUGCAUAUGACUGGAUCAAAAGGAAAAACUAUUAAAGCAUUACAAGAGGAAUUGGAUCGUCUUCAAGAGCUAAAGCUGCAGAAUAUUAAAAUUUUUAUUGAAGUAAUUCGAGCAGAGUUAUCAGCCUACUGGGACAAGUGCUUUUAUAGCAAUGAGCAAAGGCAAACUUUUGCUCCAUUUUAUGAUGUUGACUACAGUGAAGACCUGCUAGCUCUCCAUGAUGUUGAAAUCAACCGCAUCAAGCAGUACUAUGAGGACAACAAAGAGAUGUUUGAAGGUGUGCAAAAGUGGCAAGAGAACUGGAAUCUCUUUCUAGAGCAUGAUAGAAAGGCAACAGAUCCAAAUAGGUUCACGAACCGUGGAGGCAAUCUCUUGAAAGAAGAAAAGCAACGAGCAAAGUUGCAAAAAAUGCUACCCAAGCUGGAGGAGGAAUUAAGAGUUCGCAUUGCAGCGUGGGAAGGAGAACAAGAGCAGGAGUUCUUUGUGGGUGGAAAGAAAUUUAUGGACUAUGUUGCAGAGCAGUGGAACCAGUUUAACCAGGAUAAAGAAAAGGAGAAACAAGAGUGGUUAAUGAAGAAGAACCGUCAGCUAGAGGAAGAAAUGUAUUACGGAAGUGCACCCAGAACACCUAACAAGCGAAGAGUGCUUGGCACUACUACACCUAGUAAACUGCGCAAGCUUAAUGCCACAAAUGUUUCCAGUUCCACCAACAGCACACUGCGCUCUGCAUUCAGUGGGACACUCUGCCAGUCUCCUGUGUCACGUCCACCCCCUAGUGGUGGCAAGCCUGGCCUACCUAUCCGAACUCCAACCAGAGUCUUCAAAACGCCACAGUCGCGGAGGCUGGAGAAAAACAAGGAGAACAUGUCUCAAUUAAGUGGAACCGCCAUGAGCGCGAGAACUUUCAAAAGCUACAAGAGCUAACACCAACCCCCGAAUCCUGAACUCUACCAUAACCAACAUGUAAUAACCUGUCCUGAGAAAUGGACUGAAAUGGACAUAAAAGCAGAUGUACCUUUGGCAUCAGCUGCCACUCUGUGGCAUGUGUAUUGUAGGUGCUUUCUGAUGACUCUGCUUAGACGGGGGAAUGCCCAUGCUAAUUUUGCACUGUAAAUUCAUCUCUAUAGCAUAUAUUAAUAAAACCUUAGUUCGCUUUGAGAUAUAAAGUAUUGGUUAUAAAUGAUCUCUGAAGGUUGGCAUCUGAGGGUUUGCAUUUAUCCAUUCUGCAAUGUUCUUUGUACUGUACAUAGCUUUAGAAUUGGAUGUUCUGACUACAGUUCAUACUGCAAGGUUUGCUGUUUUAUUUGUAUAUAUACGGUUUUUAGAUAAUCAUGAACACUUUUGCACAUUUAUUUCUAAUGUCACUACAUCUCUUCCACAAAAUGUUUGUUGAAAUUCUUAUGGUUCUUGUUUUUGAUGUUUACAUUGCCACAAACUGCUUUAGGGUUAUUAUGGACUUAAAAUGUAAAUGCUGUGGGUAACGUGACCUCAAUACAAUUACAGUGGUGGAGUAGAAGUAAUCUGAUUAUAUUUUCUAGCAGUACAGAGGGAAAAAAGAGCGGCCCACAAUGUGCCACAUGUACAGUUUCAGAAUAGGAAAAACACUACACACUAGUCCAUUUAUUUUAUUUUAAAGCAGAUCCAUUUUUGUGACAAGUGCGUCUGCUAAAUUAGACUCGGGCUAUUCCUAUUGUCCAGUAUGUAGAAGAACAAUGGAUUCCACAAAGCUUCUCAAGACGCAAGUACUUCCUUAUAAUGACUUAGAUCAGUAAUGUCACUAUAGCCACCCAUAUCAGACACGCUGUUGGGGUUCUUUAACCGGGACACAGAAAAGAGAACACCAGUAACUUAGGUGGGUGACUACCCAAAAACUGGGGUAUUCCAAUGAAAUGUUUGCUUUUUAUUUUUUUAUUAAAUUAGUAUUCUCGUCUUGGGCCUAGCUAAUUCUUUAUGGAUCACACCCAAGACCAAGGAGCAUAUUACUCCUGUAUAAAUG